AUGCACAAACCAGCCAGCACAACCCCUUUCGGUCUAUACGAAUUUCUUCGAAUGCCUUUUGGCCCUCGAAACGCUGUACAGUCAUUCCAACGUCUAAUCGACGAAGCACUCCGUGGUUUAUCGCACUCGUUCGCGUACAUUGACGACCUCCUUGUAGAAAGCGCUAACAUGAAUGACCACAUGCGUCACGUCACUCAAUUUUCAAUUGCCUUCCUUCCUUCCUUCCUUCCUUCCUUCCUUCGUGCCUCCCUCACAUCUUUCCUUCGUUCCUCCUAUUCCUGCCUUACCCCUUCCUUCAUUUCUUUGUCACUCCUAUCUUCCCUGCGUUCCCACGUUCCUCCUAUUCCAUCCUUACCUCUUCCUUCUUUCCUUCGUCCUUCUCACCCUCAUUUCACUCGUUCCUCCUAUCGCUUCCUUAACAAUUCUUUUUUACCUUCGUCCCACCCACACCUUCCCUUCGUUCCUCCUACCCCUUCCUUUCCUCUUCCUUCUUUUCUUCGUCCCUCCCUGCCUUUUUUUCCUUCGUUCCUCCUACCCCUUCCUUUCCUCUUCCUUCUUUUCUUCGUCCCUCCCUGCCUUUUUUUCCUUCGUUCCUCCUACCCUUCCUUUCCUCUUCCUUCUUUUCUUCGUCCCUCCCUGCCUUUUUUUCCUUCGUUCCUCCUACCCCUUCCUUUCCUCUUCCUUCUUUUCUUCGUCCCUCCCUGCCUUUUUUUCCUUCGUUCCUCCUACCCUUCCUUUCCUCUUCCUUCCUUUCCUCGUCCCUCCCUGCCUUUUUUCCUUCGUUCCUCCUACCCCUUCCUUACCUCUUCCUUCUUUUGCUCGUCCCUCCCUGCCUUUUUUUCCUUCGUUCCUCCUAUCCCUUCCUUACUUCUUCCUUCUUUUCUUCGUCCCUCCCUGCCUUUUUUUCCUUCGUUCCUCCUACCCCUUCCUUUCCUCUUCCUUCUUUUCUUCGUCCCUCCCUGCCUUUUUUUUUCUUCGUUCCUCCUAGCCCUUCCUUUCCUCUUCCUUCUUUUUUCUUCGUCCCUCCCUGCCUUUUUUUUUUUUUCUUCGUUCCUCCUACCCCUUCCUUACUUCUUCCUUCUUUUCCUCGUCCCUCCCUGCCUUUUUUUCCUUCGUUCCUCCUACCCCUUCCUUACCUCUUCCUUCUUUUCUUCGACCCUCCCUGCCUUUUUUCCUUCGUUCCUCCUACCCCUUCCUUACCUCUUCCUUCUUUUGCUCGUCCCUCCCUGCCUUUUUUUCCUUCGUUCCUCCUACCCCUUCCUUACCUCUUCCUUCAUCUCUCCCACCUUUGCUCAUUUCUUUGGUUCCUCCUAUCGCUACUUUAGCUCUUCCGUCUUUCCUUCGUCCCUUCUUUCCUUCGUUCCUUCCUCCAUCACAUCUUCCGCCCUUUUCCUUCGUUCCUCCUACCCCUUCCUUGACUUUUCCUUCCUUCCUUCAUCCUUCACUCCCACGUCCCUCCUUUUCUUCGGUCCUGCUAUCACCUCCUUCUUCCUUCGUCCCUCCCACGUUCCCUCCUUCCCUUCGUUCAUCCUACCCCUCCCUGACCUCUUCCUUCGUUCCUACCUCCCACCUUCUCUCCAUUCCUUUGUUCUUUCUAUUCCUUCCUUACCUCUUACACUUCGUCCCUCUCUUCCUCUUUUCCUUUGUUCCUCUUUAUCCCUUACUUACCUUUUCUUACCUCUUCCUUGCAUUCCUUUUCACUCUUUUCCUUCAUUUUUAACCACUAAAUAG